AAUCUAAUAGCUGUGGUUAUUAGGAUUCGCACCUUCAAAUUAGGGUUCGCAACUUCGAAAUUUCGAAGCAGUAUGGGGAGGAAAGAGAGACCGAAAGCGAAGGUAGCUGAGCCCGAAGCAAACGGCGAUCUCAAUGGUGGUUCCACUCCGCCGUUUGUGUUCAGCAGCGACGACGAUGAAGCCAACCAAGAUCUGAGCCUUAAGAUCGUAGAAAAGGCCAUCAGAAUGCGCACCGCGAAGCUCGCGUCGAACGACACCGUUUCGAACGGUGGUGGUGGUGUCGUUUUGCCCUCGCAGCAAUCCGAACUAGCGGCGGCACUAAGCGACGGCGUUUUGGAUUGGCCGAGUGUAAUCGCUGGUUCUCAAGUGAAGGAGAAGAAGAAGAAGAAAACAGUGUUGACGGUGGAAUCUGGGGAUCAAGGGGUUGUUAGAGCUGAAGAACAAGAGAUUGAAGGUACGAUCGAAGCUGCGGAGAAUCAGGAGGCGGUGGAAGCGAGUAUGGUUCAAGUAGGCGACAACAUGGUUCUGCGAAAGCUGCUUCGGGGUCCAAGGUAUUUUGAUCCCCCAGAUAGUAGUUGGGGAGCAUGCUAUAAUUGUGGGGAGGAAGGUCAUGCUGCUGUAAACUGUACGGCAGCGAAGCGGAAGAAACCGUGCUAUGUGUGUGGUGGUUUGGGACACAGUGCAAAGCAAUGCAUUAAGGGACACGAUUGCUAUAUUUGCAAGAAAGGAGGUCACCGCGCUAAAGACUGUCCAGAGAAGUACACGAGGGCUUCUAAAAGCUUAACAGUUUGCCUAAGGUGUGGGAAUUCUGGGCAUGAUAUGUUUUCAUGCAAGAAUGAUUAUUCUCUGGAUGAUCUCAAGGAAAUCAGAUGUUACAUCUGCAAGACAUUCGGCCACUUAUGUUGUGUCAAUACUGAGAAUGCAACACGUGGAGAAGUUUCUUGUUACAAAUGUGGCCAGCUAGGUCACACUGGUUUGGCAUGUACUAGGUUGCGAGGUGAGUCUACUGGUGCUUCUAUGCCUAGUUCUUGCUUUAGGUGCGGUGAAGAAGGACAUUUUGCCCGGGAAUGUACAAAUUUGAUCAAGGCAGGGAAGAAGAAUUCUGAAUUUUCUAACACAAAAACUAAAAAUUCCUAUGGAGAAAAUGAUUACAUGGGACAUAGGUCCGCACCUCCUGAUUUGGGCAAGACUCGUAAUAAGAGACGUCCUCCUACAGAAGAUAGAGUCUUUAAAACUCCCAAGAAAUCAAAGAGUAGAGGUGGCUGGACGACCGAGUAUCCUGCAGAAGAAAGAGGGUUUACAACUCCUAAGAAAUCGAAGAGUAGAGGCGGUUGGAUGACGGAGCAUCCAGCAGAAGAAAGAGACUAUACAACUCCAAAGAAAUCUAAGAAUAGAGGUGGAUGGAUGACAGAGCAUCCCGGAGAAUUCUCUCCUUCCUCAUCCCAAAGGAGCAAUCAGACGAAUGCGUGGACAGCAUCUACUCGAAGCACUCAGUUUUAUGCGCAUGGUAGUGGAAGUCAUACACCUAGUACUAACUACUCUUCCAGGGUGUGGCAGGGUCAACCUGGAGCCUCAAAUUACCAAGGACCAGACUAUACUUUUCAUAGAUUUUCAGCAUCAAGAUUUGGCAACUCUAGCAGUGAUGGACAUUGGAGAAGUUACGACAGAUAUGGUAGGUAGGUUUUGACCAUAAUGGCUUGUUCUCUAUAAUACCAUGUGUAGACUAGCAACAAGACACAUCCAGUUCGCAAGUUUUUUAAAUGAAUAAUUCAGUUUUCCUUUCAGUUAUUGGUUCAAUGAUGUUGUCAUAAUUUUUUCUGUUCUACUAUCUUUCUUUGGUUUGAGGGGCUAUCUUUGUAUUAGUACCUUGGAAAUGUUUUGGAUGAAUGGUAAUUUGUACACCAUGUUUUGAA